AAGAUGUGCACUUAGGCGCAAUAUUGAUUUUUCGAUUUUGGCUCAACGUUUGCAUCACCGGGUGUUGUGCAAUAUUCUCAUCUGGCUACAGGGUGUUUCUACUCGUACUGCUGGAUGUGCAUUAUUAGCGAGGAAUGUGAUCAGGGAAGAUGGUUGGAACUGAAAGCAACGAUUUUCCUACUUUCAGUCAUAAUCCAACCAUAAAUUAAGUCCCCUUAAUAAAUUAUUUAUCCCCUUUCAUACUCUUUGUCACUACGCGAACUGCAGUGAGAGAAACUUUUGGUUUCAAUAGCAAGGAAUUUUCAAAUUGGGCGCUAAUUUGUAACGGCUAAUGACGAAGAGAUUACUCUGGUGAUUUUGAUGAAAUUGUAUGCCCUCUUACGACUCGAUUUAACGCUAAGCAACGCCAUCAAGCUAUUCAAGCGAGCAACAGACAUCAAUUACCAUGCAAUUACUGAAAAUGUGGGCUAAUCCUCGUCAUGAAUUAGUUCAUCAACUGGUUACUAUUAAAAUGAAAUAAAUCACUUGUUCUGCGGCAAUCGAAUGGGUAGCGCUGUCGGAAAACUUCUUGGACUGCUUCUAUGUUUGCAAUGUCUCAUAGAAUUGCAUGGAGUCUUCAUAAGGUUCACCAAUGUAACCUGCGAGAGCAAGGACCUCAGCUCGAGCAUCGUGGAGUACUGUGCAGUGACUAAUCUGAGCAAGAAUAAAAACAGCAUUCGUCUGCGUUACACUUUGCUCAAGCCGAUGCUCAGAAAUGUAGAGGUUUACUUUCAGCUGAUGACAAGGGGCAGUAAGAGUAUCAACACGGUUUCAAACUGGCAGCCCUUCCUCUAUACAUUGAAACUUGAUUUGUGUAGAUUCUGGAAAAACCACCACAACCAUUUGGCCAGGAUGGUGUUUGAAUUCAUCGAAGGCCAUACAAACCUGAACCACAGUUGCCCCUACACGAAAGAAAACUACAUUUCCAUUGAAGAUGUUACAAAUACCGAAGUCUCUGGCAAGAUCCGUGGAGUGCCCAUGCCAAAGGGUUUCUACGCUUUGUUCAUCAAGUUGUCCACUGCAAACAUAUCUCGAGCUCAGACCAACUUUUAUUUUGAAGUUCUGAGCCCUUAAUAUAAUUUUGUUUUUAUAACAUAGAAAAAAAUGUUUAGGAACAAGAUCAAAAAGGUGUGCUAUUAAAAACUGUAAUAAGAAUAAAUGAAACUUGUGUAUUGGUAAGCAAAAUACGUAGAUUUUGCUAAAAGAAAAAUAUCUUUAUGUAGCUAACGUUAUCAAAAAUCCAGUAUAUGCACAUUAAUCCCAGUACAAACUUUUUGGAAAUUGCACUUAAAAGUGUUAAGUUCUUUGUACAAAUUACGUUGGCCUUUAGUAAUCAGUUAUUAAAUAUUCAUAAACAUUUGAUUAGAAAACAGAUUUAAAUAUAUUAUUAACUAAGA